AUGCGCUUCACCACCACCCUCGCCUUCACCGGCCUCGCCAGCGCCGCGGCCGUCCUCCAGCCGCGCGCCACGACCUACAAGAUCAUCGUCGACACGAGCAUCUGCGAGGACAACCGCGACUACAAGCCGCAGAUCACGGGCACGGGCGCCUACGCGGGCGUCGACCACGUCGACCCGACCAUGCUCGACGGCUACGGCUGGACCGACAUCCGCCCCGGCGACCCCAUCUUCUGGAGCUUCGACGUGCCCGCCGACUACACGGGCCACGUCUGGCUGUACGACACCACCAAGGGCUCCAUCCCGGCCGACGGCCUCGCCGUCUACGGUCUCGAUAUUGAGAUCUACAACAGCCCGACGGCGGACAAGCCGAACAAGGCGGCGUUGAAGGCGCUGGGCGAUGCGGCGCAGGAUGUGCGCCCUGGUCCGCUGAGGACGGCGGCGUUUGAUAGUCAGAAUGGGGAGGGGAAUAAUGAUUGGGUUUCCAGCACUGAUGGCGGGUUUGUGUCGAGUACGAUUGUGGGCGAUGGUAUUUCGGUCGUCUACUGUGGAAAUAUCUGA